CAGACCACGAUCACUCUCCUGCCGAUCAGACUGUGAAUGCUGGGAUAAAAAUACAUCCAUCAAAGAUCCUGGCGUGCGUGUGAGAAAACAGCAAAGCGAAUGCAUCCGAUCCAAACCCCAACGCAAGCGGCUCCAAAGCAAACAGCAGAAACAAGCUCGUUUUGCGGAAGCAAACCGACGCCUCGGUCUCAAAAGCUGCUCCCACGAAUUCCAGGAGCAGCAACCCAAAACUCGCCUCGGCCUCGCACCCCGACUCGCCAAACCCCAAGGAAAAACCCAGCCGACCACCGCUCCCCCGGGACAGAUCGCCUCGGCAUCUCCCAUCUCCCCCCAAGCCCCGCGCGGUCACCAUGUCCCCUUGCCACCGCCGCUGUCGCUGCUGCUGAGUGCUCACCGCUAGUGCUGUGCUGGGUGUUGAGGAUCCGUCCGCAGGCGGCAGGCUCGCUGACCAUGGACCCGGCCUCCGAGGAGCUCGAGCGCCGCAGCCGCUACCUCAGCGCGCUCGUCCGCCGCACCAGGCUCGCCGACCCGCCCCAGCCGGAGCCGGAGGAGGAGGAGGUCGCGGAGGGGAAGGUGGAUGUCGUGGAGCCGGUGCUGCUGAAGGCGGCGCCGCGCGUUCUCGAGGAGGGGAAGGGAGGGAAGGAGGACACCAAGGCGAAGGAGAGAGCGGCGGCGGAGGCGAAGGGGGAGGGGAAGGUGGCGGUGUGCGUGCGGGCGGCGGACAUGCCCCUGCCGCUGCAGCGGCGCGCCGUCCGGAUCGCCGUCGAGGCUGUCGCCGCCAUGCCGCGGCUCCAGAGCAAGCGCCUCGCGCUCGCGCUCAAGAAGGAUUUUGAUACAACAUAUGGGCCUGCUUGGCACUGCAUUGUCGGCACAAGCUUUGGUUCCUAUGUCACUCACUCCUUGGGAGGUUUCUUGUACUUCUCCGUUGAUAAGGUCUACAUUCUUCUCUUCAGAACUGCCGUUGAGCCACUUGCCCAUCCAGAAUGAGACCUGAAAUCUGUUUACUCACAAGUGUAGAUGCAGUGCAAAUUGUAAUUUUGAACAGAAGUUGUACUAGAUGACCCUCAGCGCUCCAUGCUUCGUUGGUACUAGAGGUAAAUUUAUCUGCCCACAAAUUGUAGAACAGCCAAAGCCUCUGUAGCUUCUACUUUGUACCGACGCAACGGGCUGCUGUGCAACCAUUGCUGUACUUUGUGAUCUGGAGUUACAAAGCUGUAGCCUGACUUACAUCUCAAUAUGAAGGUUUACCUCGGUUUCCAAUAAUGCUCUGGUUGUGACAUUCGAGCUAGUGGGACUCCUGAUGGAUGGUUUCU